CUUAAACAAAGAAAUUUAAGGGUUGGUAAAAUAGUGAAAAGCAUGGCUGUUUCAGAGGUUAAUAAUGACAGAGGAGAAUUGAGGAUUCUUGAAUAUUUGGAUGAACUAAGGACGAAUUUAGCUGAUUAUAUUGCCGAGUUAUCAGAUGCAGCAGUGAAGGAGAGAGGUGCCUUUUCUAUUGCAUUGUCUGGUGGUUCUCUCAUUCACUUAAUGGGCAAACUUUGUGAAGCACCUUAUAACAAGACUGUAGACUGGUCUAAAUGGUAUAUAUUUUGGGCGGAUGAAUGUGUUGUGGCCAAAAACCAUUCUAAUAACAAUUACAAGCUUGCAAAGGACGACCAUUUUUCAAAGGUGCCGAUUGUUCCCAGCCAUGUUCAUCCUAUCAAUGAUUCAGUUUCAGCAGAGGAAGCUGCUGAUGAUUACAUGUUCGUUAUCAGGCAGCUGGUGAAAACACGAAUGGUUAGUGUUUCAGACAUUAGUGACUGCCCCGAGUUUGAUCUUAUCCUUCUUGGCAUGGGACCUGAAGGCCACAUUGUCUCACUAUUCCCCAAUCAUUCGGCACUCGACGAGACCGAUGAAUGGGUAACUUUCGUCGCCGGUUCCCCCAAGCCUCCACCCGAGAGGAUAACAUUCACUUUGCCUGUCAUCAAUUCAGCAUCAAACGUAGCAAUGGUUGUGACCAGUGAGAACAAAGCAGAGGCUGUGCAUUUGGCGAUCGACUAUAUUGGACAUGACUGCCAGCCACUCCCCGCACGGUUAGUCCAACCAACAAAAGGAAAGUUGGUAUGGUUUUUGGACAAACCAGCUGCAUCAAAACUGGAUGGUCUUCAAUUUCCCAAGUAGGAGGGUU